AUGUCGAAUAUAUCGCAGAUUCUUUCGAUGGAGUCUUUGGACAUCUCUCCAUUUUUCUCCCACUUUGCCGCCCUGUUUGGCAGCCUAACCUAUUGCCUCAUCAUCACCUGCAACAUGACCGUGCUAUUGACUAUUGCACUUGACAGGCAGUUGCACAAGCCAAUGUAUUUGCUGCUCAUCAACCUACCCAUCAAUGACAUGAUCGGGGCUACUGCUCUUUUCCCACACCUCAUACACAGCAUCGUGAGCCAGAGCACCAGCAUAUCCCACCUGGCCUGUUACCUUCAGGCCCUGCUGGUCCAUCUGUACUGUGGAGGCUCCCUGAUCAUCCUCACCGUCAUGGCGUUUGACCGCUACCUGGCCAUCUGCCGACCGCUGCGCUACCACACCCUGAUGACCGCCAGCAACCUGCGCUGGAUCAUCGCCGGCAUGUGGCUGACCGACGUGGCGCUGAUCGGCAGCCUCUUCCUCAUGCUCACCCGAUUCCGGCUGUGCAGCUGGCGCCUGGCCGAUCUCUACUGCAACAACCCGUCCCUGGUGAAGCUGGCGUGUGAGAACACCACGGCCAACAACGUGUACGGCCUCCUGCUCACCGUACUGAUGCAGGGCACCUCCAUGCUCACCGUGCUCUUCACGUACGGACACAUACUAGUCACCUGCAUUCUUAACAGGCAGGCAGAUGCACGGAGCAAGGCCCUGCGCACGUGUGGCACUCACCUGGUGGUGUUUGUGGUGUUUGAGUUAACCACCCUGUUCUCGGUGCUGUCCCAUCGACUGAGUGUGUCGCCCUUCCUGCGCAGGUCGGUCGGUGUGUCCAUCCUGGUGUUUCCACCCAUCCUGAACCCACUUAUCUACGGAAUCAACACCAAGGAGAUACGCAGUAAAGUCGUAAAAGCCUUCUCUCGGAAAACAAAGAAAUUCAAAAACAAAACAUGUGCUUAG